AUGGACGCGGACGACGAGCCAGCCAUGGCGUAUUUCCUGCCUGAUGGCAUAGCGGACGACUCACCCCCGAAGCAAAUCCACACGAAGUCAAGCUUUGGACCCAUUGGAGGCCGCAGCCCCGCUGCUUCCUCUAACCGAUCGUCAGCUGCGUCAUCGUUAAGCGCAUCGGAUGCUCUCCAAUCAUCUAAAGCCUCAAGCUCGAGGAACGACGUGGACUUUAGUAGCCUUAACGAUCAGCCUUAUCCGACGCUUCAGUUGUCGCAUUUUGGCUCGGAUAGUGGCCCUUCGUCCUCUUCUAGACUCUCGAAUGCUCUUUUAUCAGAUCUAGGAGGAACAAUCCAUACACCACGAGCUCUUCGGGGCUUAGAAACUUCCGUGAGAUCUGCGCCGAAUUCUGGUACAUCAUCGGAACCUUUUAGUUCUGAAUUGAAUGACUCAACUGCUGUUGGAAGAGCUGGAGCUAUUCGAUCUCCUACAUCCAUAUUUGGUCGAAAACUGGAGGUGGCUACAAACUUGUCGAUGGAGGGGGAUCAUGGAGCGUCGAGACUUUAUGAAUGUCCAAAACCCCAACAUCUGUAUCAGGGGCGAGGAACGUCGACGUAUAUAGCUUCCAGGGAAUCAACGCGGUCAUUUGUAUCUUCUUCAAUGCAAACAUGGCCAUCAUUGGGUGUGGCUCCGCCACGUCGAAUUCUGCAGCGUCCACCAGGACUGAGCCCCCCUGGACUGCAUAAUUCCAACUUAACGGAAGGCAAAAUAUCGCAAAAAAGUAUAAAAAGCCAAGAUAUGACGCAAAAUCAUGUUUCGGGCCCCCAGCUUGAAUCUUUUCAGCGAUUUUCAGCAUCCCCGAAGUCCGGUGGAAGUGAUCUAUCUUCUUCUGGUAGAACAUAUUCGCAAGAUAACGAUGUUCAAUAUGAUUCAAGUCUUUUUUCUAGAAUGAGGCUCUCGAUGGGAGUGAUUCGUGAUGACCUGGAACGUAAACGGGCCGACAAGCAAGGUAUAUCAAAUUCGGAUCUGUCUGAGCUCAACACGCGGUCGAACAAUGCUACUAUGUAUUCUCGAAAGCUCGUCGAUCUGGCGUCAACACUGGAGAACCAAAUGCCGAUGACUUCAAGUAAAACGAAUGGGAAAUCGACCUUAGCAACGCGUCGCAUUCUUACAAAAGCUCGAGAAGAUAUAUUGGCGAUCGAAAGCCGCUCGGAUUUGCGAGCAAAAGCUUUAGAAUUUACAAUGGAUGCAAACAGAUCGUUUUCUACUUCACAUAAGGCUCCCAUGAUGGCUCGACAAACGACUUUCCCUGUUACCCGCGACUCAUCCUCAGUGUAUGAAAGCAAGUUUAACAUUGAUCAAUCGAAGAGAAUGUGGAGUGACGUUGGUUCAUCAACUUUGAACGCUGGUGGCAACGGUAAAAAAGGUCUUUUGGACCAAAGUGAACAUACUACCUCGAUGAUGACUGCUCCGCCAGGAUUUGACAAACGAGGAAAGAUCAAUAUGCGAGAGCACUGGACGGAAAACCAUGAUGAUGUCAAGCUCCAAACUCGCAGUGGUCUUGUAGGAAGUUUUUCUAAAGCGAACGAAAAGCCAACUUUUCGCCGCCAGGUUUACCGCGAGAAGCAAACAAAGGAAUCUGCGCACGAAAAAAUGCUGCCUAAAGAUGUUUCUGUACUUGCUGCGUCCCCACGUUUUGCACAAAGUUCGUCACAGAAUAACAAAUGGAGCAAUGAAAGUCAAAUGUCCAGCACAUCCCGAAAAAAACGCUCUCAGAACCUUCUGAAUAAUGCGAAAAACAACUCUCUCUCUCAACCGAUCGAAGCUGGCUUGGCAACUUCAAAUCUUGAAAAUGAUAAUGUUGCUGAAGCGAUUCACGUGCACCCGAAAUGGUGUAGUACAAAUGACACUUCUGUGACAAACAACGGUGCUGCAAGCUCCUCUUCAGAGGAGGACACGGAAAGAUUUUCGGCUCAUGCAGAAUCUUUGCUUGAUCCAAGUAAUGAAAUGAAUCACAAACCACUACCGUCUAGUGAUUUACUAAAAGACAAGCAAAUCUCAGUGGAUUCUUCCACUGAGAUGUUUCGAGAGGCUAAUAAGAAAGCUUCGUUGUCCAAUGAUGUUUUGUCCCAUAGUGAUCGCUCCGUGUUGGACGCUGAACAAGCAAAUUUAGCUGUUGACGAGGAAUCUGCGUCCUCAGUAAAACCUCUGAUCGUGUCCGAAAGCAGACGAGUUGCGUUAAAUAAUGAGGCGAAUAGUCUUGAUCUAAACCAACACUCCCGAACGGAAAGUUUUGACAAAAAACAUGACCCGAAGGAGAACCGCAAAGAUAAGCCAAAAAAAGAAAAGGCCGAAAAGAAAAAAAUGAGUCGGAAGAAAGAAAAGCGUGGAUUGACGAGUAAUUCAAAGAUUUCCGAUGCUGCUCAUGGUUCGGAAGCUCGAGAUGAUCUUUACGUUCCAUUUACCUUGGUAGUUGGUAGGGUAUUGCUCGAUCUAGGAUCAGCGGUAGCUUCUGCUGGACAGGUAGCUUUAAGUGGCAUGUGGCGAAGUUAUUGGCCUAUUGGACGGCUGUCGCUCACUGGUAUAUUUGCUGCCAUGUUUUCUUGCGUGUGGUCAAUGCUGUUGUCAAGCUGUCGAAGAAUUAUGUCAGGAUCACUCCAUGGUAUUUCGCUCUUUUUUCGAGUACAUCGAGUUGCUUUCCGCGCGAUCUUGACGCAUCGCCACAUCGGAUUCUGCUUCUCAUUUCUCUACGGAUUUCCCAUUCUUGUCCAGUAUGUACUUCCAUGGGCACCUCCUUGGGCGCCAGUGUGCCUUUGGUAUGCCUUUUUGGUCCAACUUUUUUGCACAAAUGGGUCCACGGCCAUGGUUACAACCUUUCGAGUGAUUUUGCCCCUCGUCUUCUUGGUCGAGGGCAUCUCGCAUCACAGUUUCCUUUUGGACUUGAAUGGGGCGGAGCUUUUGUUGACCUCUUUCAUCAUUUCGGCGCUGAAGAUUAAUAAUUUAUGCAGUCCAAUUUUCUUUUUGUCACUAGCGAUGCAGUGUUUACUCGCUGUAUUCUUUGGGUCAGAGCUUCUUGUCCAGUGGUUUCAGCUGACCCUGGCGCUCUACUCUCUGUACGCUCUGGCUGCGACGGAUGAUGGAUGGUUUGGAAUGGGUGACGAAGAAGAUGAGCUCUCCUGCAAUCCCAUGAACUUGCAUCAUUCUAUUGCCGAUUAUAAUCGCCAUCAGGCGCCGCCAAGUGCUGCUUCAAUCCAGAAAACAAAACGCCUAGGUCGUCGGGCGCUCGCCUAUAUUCGUGGACGAAAAUUUCGCUAG